UUCCAGUAACAGCGUGCAGUGAGGAGUAGAGCCUGCAGUGUGCUCCAUAGCAGUGUAUGUGGAGAUUCCUGCAAUUAAAUAUUUGUCUAUGAAAUGAUAUAGAAACACAUUUAAUGGAGGGACAGGCCAACCCUGAGACCCUUAUUGUGCUGCACCCUAUUGCAAUAGUUAAAUAUUAUAGCAGAGAUAUAACAUCUAGUCCUGUAGGUGUCUGGAAUGUAUUGCUAAUUCUUCCAAUGUUUCCAUUAUUACAACAAUAUAUACAUACAUAUAUACAGCUGUUGUAGAACUACAAAUCCCAUGAUGCUUUGCCAGGCUUGAGGAUGUCAAGCUGUUCUUUGAAUUGUAGUUCUAUAAAGAUUGGAGUUUACAGGCUCCUUACUGCUAAACAGCUUUACAAAUGUCCUGUAAGUGGGGGGGAGCACUGAUUCAUCACAUGGAGAUACUAGCCACAUGCAGAGUUUGAUUAUUUUCUUUUUUUAAUUUUUUGCCAAGACACAGGUAUAUUUUCUAAAGUGAGAAAUAAAAGUCAAAAAGUCCUCAGAGUUUGUCUGUUUUGACCUUGCACUUGGAAUUCACUUUGAAUUCACACUUUAUUAUACCUGACCUGACGAUGGGUACAAUGUAAUAUUUUUGGAUUAGCUUUUCAAAUAUAAGUUAGAAAAGUUUUCAAAUUUAUCAACAAAAAUUGGAUGGUGACUUCUGCAGUUUAUCCAAAAAUAUUAAAUCAAGGGCUGUGUUAGUCAUACUCAUGUGAACUCAAUUUCCAGUCAUAUUUACAUGUGAUAACAUUUGAGUACUGUACAGGAGAUCUUGUGGAGAAAUUGCAGAUUUGUUUUUCACUUUUACAAGAGUUUGUUUUAACAUAUCAGAACUAGUGCCUUGGAAACAUAGUCAGCGCAAGAUUGUUUUAUUUAAAUUGCUAAAUUGAUGUAGGAUUUUUUGAAAAGUAGCACAUGAAUUCAGUUAAUCAACUAUGCUUUCCUUGCUUUCACCUGUAUAAGUAAGUUAUGGAGAAAAGAUAGUGUUUGUUUUAUUUACAAUGUGUAUAUUCAUUUGUCUCAAUAUGCUAUAAGGAGCCAGUGGUUUUAACUUGACUCAUGGCCCAACAACAAUCCUGGAUUUAUGAUUUUUCCUGUUUUAUUCCAGUGGAGAUACUGACAAAACCUGGUGGGUGUUGAGGACUGGUUUGGGAAGCACUGCUAUAAUCUGUUAGACGUUUUUGUGCAUUCACCAGAUGCACGUCAGAUUUGUUUUUUUUUUAACCAGGACCAUUUAGAGGUACUUAGUAUACCAGUUCAUAUCCAUAGUCAAUGUAGAUAUAAAUCAAUUUAGUGUAUACAUUUUUAUAUUGUGAUUAAAAUUAAAUUCCAGGAUAUGUUGAUGUAUGUAGAUAUAUUUAAGUUAUUUUCUUCUCAAUUUUAGAAUGUCUGAAGGGGAUGUUACAAAAGCUGAAAAUGGCAAGAUGGAAACGUUGACUGGAAACAGAGAUCGAGGUGUUGCUGCCAUUAAACCCAAGUAAUUAUGGCAAAACCUGAUUAAUGUAAUCAAUCCUAGGAUCUAAUUUUUAAAAUGUAAAGCGGUACUGUGGACACCAUAAGAACGUCAUCUUAAUUAAGUUAUGGUGUGAGUAGGUUCUUGGUGCCAGCUUUCCUGAAUGGAGUUAAACCAUUAACAAACAAUUUACCUCCAAAUUCAUCAAGCGGUGCGCAAUAGCUCUGCCUCUGUAUUUCCGCUCUUUGUCCCGAGCUUCAAUCGGAAAACUGCAUGCAGCUAUAUGCUGUUUUAGAAUAGAUAAAGGGACUCUCAAAAUGCUGGAAACAACAUACUGAGAAACAAGUUGUUGCUGUGAUUAAAUCCAUGUACUUUUUCCAGGAGUUGUUAUAUUACUUGUGUGCCAACGAGAAAGCUAAAUAAUGUGAUGCACCUUAAAGGAACAAUCCACAGUAAAAAAAAAAAAAAAUGGUAUUUAGUGGAUCUAUACUCAAUGAAUACAUGCUUCCCUAUAUUUAUGCAUGUAGCUAUUCUUGGUAUAUCUAAAAAGAGUUUGCAAAAGCUGCAGUUCUUAUGACUGCAGCCUUUGCAAGCCCUCCCUGUUUUCCAGUAAAGAGACUUUAAGUCUCUUUACUGGUUAAUAACCAUUGAGAAGCCUGUGCACUUGUGUUACUGCACCCAUGGUCUGGAAGGACACCGGUCUGAGGUUUGGAAAGGAGCAAUUGGGGAGAAGGCAGGCGCACUUAAAGGGAAACUUUAGUGCCAGUAAUACAAACGCAUUUUCCUGGCACUAUAGCUUCCCCUUCUGUCAAAGCCCACCCCCAUGGUGCAGAAGGAGUUAAUAACCCCUUCUGUCACUUACCUGGGUCCAGCGCCAAUGUCCCUCGGCGCUGGCUCAGCUCUGCUCACGAUCCUCCCCUGCCGGCGCGGGAGAUCUAAUGCGCAUGCGCGGCAAUGGCUGCGCUCGUAUUAGGAUCUCCCCAUAGGAAUGCAUUAUUCAAUGCUUUCUUAUGGGGAUACUGGCGACGCUGGAAGUCUUCAAGCACAGCGUGAGGACAUUCAGCGUCGUUUAGACCAGUGUUCCCCCAACCCAGUCCUCCUGGACCACCAACAGUCCAGGAUUUAUGUAUUUCCCUGUUUUAUUCAAAUUGAGAGAAUGACAAAACCUGGACUGUUGGUGGUCCAUGACGACUGGUCGUUUAAGCACCCUGAAGUUCCUCUAGUAGCUGUCUGGUAGACAGCCAGUAGAGGAGGAGUUAACCCUAGCAGGUAAUUAUUGCAGUUUAUAAAAACUGCAAUAUUUACAUGCUCAGGAUUAAGGGUGAUGGGAGUUGGCACCCAGACCACUUCACUGAGCUGAAGUGGUGUGGAUGCCUACAGUGCCCCUUUAAGUAGCGACACUUCUGUUAUCUCAUGGGAGCUAAUGGAGGGGGAAUGGUAAAAAUACAGAUUUUACAAAGAAAUAGUCACUUUUAUAAACUUACUUUUAAAUGGGUUACUCCAUAGACCUAAACACUUCAGGAAGCUGGAGUACUUUAUGGGCGCAGAGUGGUCCUUUAAUUUUUGUGUUUAAAAGCCAUUCACCAUACAUCCAUAUCCAACAUAAUAAAGUAGGACGCAUUUGCAGUUUUUUCAUAGAGCAGUGUCUUCAUUUGUUAUCCACACCAUAUCCAGGAAUCACAUCACAAAGACCCAUACCGCAUCUAUAACACAACUCCAUCACUGGCAACACCAUAUAGCCUUAAAACACACAUACACACUCCAAUCACAUUAAUAAACUUUAAUUCCUGAUUGGAUGGUAGUGUACUGCAGGCUCACUAUGUUAUGCAUGUUUCCCAAAAUAUGCUGCAGUGUCUACCCUGUGAGAGAGAAGCAUAACGUGUAUUUACUACUGCCUUUGCAGCAUUGACUGAGAGGGUAGUUUUAGCAAAAUAAAUGUAACAUGCUAUUUUUUUUCCCUCUUAUUUAAAUACUUAAAUGCCAAUUUGGGCAAAAGCUCUUAUUUUUCAUGGAAAAUGUAACAAUAGAAUGUCAUAUUAUUUGCUUCCAUUCAGGUACUUAACAACUAAGGAGGAAUUCCAUUCAUUCAUUGAUGAUGGAGAUACUGCAAAGAAAGAUGGUUUACAGAAGUGUGAGAAACUAACUGCACAUAACGAGACUUCUCCGGACUCAACGGAACCUGAAGCAAAAAGAAUUAAGCUUGCAGAUGAUAGCUGUGGGAAUGAUAAAGAAAGCCAAAAAAAUACUGAUGCCAGACAAGAAAAAAAAAGAGCCAGGGGACAAAACAAAAGCCGACCUCACAUGAAACCUUCCCACUUUGGAGAAAUUAAAUUGUGUAGCAGUAUUAAACAGGUAGGGUUUUUUUUUUUUGGUAUUCGAUAGAGAAUGAAGAUGUGGUAUGAAUUACAUUACGUGCUCCUAUUUUAAAAAGAAAGUGUAAUUUUUUAACUAGGUGUGUUUAUAUAAGUAGCUCAUAUUAGUUGUAUCACUUUAAUUUUUAUGUAAAUUUAACUUUAAAGGGACACUUUAGGCCAGGUUAGGCAACCUUUUGGUAGCGCUGUGCUGACAUAAAGCUUUGAUGUCUUAUGGUGCUGUCCCAAUUUUUUUUAAAAGCAACAUUUUUGUAUGUUGGAAAAUUCUGCAAGUGUUUUGCAUGGGUGCAGCGGCUGCUUUGUAAAGGUUUAUAUGUGUUUAUAUGGACUGCGCAUGUUUUGCAUGUCUGUGUGCAUUAUAGGUGUGGGAUGUCUGUUUUGUGAGCAUUACAUGCUUUUUUUGAUGGAGUAAAAGUUUUCUAAUCUGCAAUUGUAAAGAUCUUACAGGUUGCUAAACGCUAUGGUCCUUUUAUAUGACAAUGAGCUUUAUGGGACUUGGCAAAGUAAAAUUAUGCUAGCCCCUUUAACCCCUUAAGGACACAUGACAUGUGUGACAUGUCAUGAUUCCCUUUUAUUCCAGAAGUUUGGUCCUUAAGGGGUUAAACAGUCUCUGUAAUGCACGGUACUAUUUAACCCCUUAUGGACCAAACAUCUGGAAUAAAAGGGAAUCAUGACAUGUCAUGUGUCCUUAAGGGGUUAAAAAGCAGUUGGCAAUCGAAAAAUCCAAAUAAAAUGGGGUAUAUAUAUAACAAUUUUCUGAUACAUUCCUUUUUUUUUUUUUUUUUUAUAGGGACAAGGGAAUUCCUGUACAUUUGGUGAGAAAUGCAGAUUUUCACAUGAUCUGUCCAAGUUCAUGGCAGAAAAGCCAGAUGAUAUUGGCCCAAACUGUUAUCUGUUUGAGACUCUUGGAAAAUGCAACUAUGGGGCAGCCUGUCGUUUUGCCAAAUCCCACCUGGGUAAAGAUUUUGAAAAUCUAAUUAACGAAGAAGUUGUAAAAAAGUGUGAAGGGAAUGUUUUGGUAAAGAAUAAUCUGAACAGAGAUCUCCAACUUCAGCUGCGGAAAAAGAAAGUCAAGUUUGAGAAAACUGACCAGUAUUUGACGAAUAUGAACAAAACCAGUAAACCGGGUGCGAGUGGAAAGGGAAAUGCACUUAAACCUGUUGUAGAGGAAUGUGGGGUAACAUCUGAAUGCACAGACACUGAGGUGGGAACUGACCAACAGGAUACGCUGCUCUCUACAGCUGCAAUCAAGGAAGACUCCACUCCACAAAUUGCAGACUGUGCAAAAAAGGAAACCUCUACAAUUGGAGCUCUCACAGAUGAAGAUAUCAUCAAGCUCAGACCAUGUGAGAAGAAAACUGUAAGUCAUUUUGUUUUAUAAACCUUCUACUGCUAGACAGCGCCUAAUAGGCCUGUUAUGCACACUAUGAAUGUAGUAAAAAUGUAAGGAUGCACAAGUCACAGACUACUGAUUUACUUUAUAAUUACAUAAAAAUUUUGUAAUGUUUAUAUUGUUGUACAUACAAUUGUACAGGUUUAGAAAAAAUAUUGAUUUCAGGAAUUUUUCUUUUUUUCUUUAAUUCCCAACAUGGACGUCAAUUUAAUAUUGUUGGAUAAGCUUUAAAAAAAUAAAUAAAAAUAACUUAUCAAAAAAAAAUAAUAAUACUUAUAUUAUAUUUUAUAAUAUAUAUAUAUAUAUAUAUAUAUAUAUAUAUAUAUAUAUAUAUAUAUAUAUAUAUAUAUAUAUAUAUAUAUAAUAUCAAAAACUAUCAGAGAAAAACGGUGGUGGUGGUGGUGGACCGUGCUGAAGUUAUACAGAAGAUAAUGAAAAAAGUAAAUAAUUACAUACAGUUGAUGGAAGAAAAUUCUGUACAAUAUGUCUUAACAAAAUAACAUAAUAAUAUAUGCAGAUAAUAUUAGCAAUGCCAAUGGAACACUCACACUUUCUAGAGCUAAUAUAGCUCUAUUUCUGUAGGCGUAGACGGUAUAAUCCCAGUCUAGGGAUACAAUGGUGAGAUCCAGGAGUCUUGGUCCAGAUAGGAGUAUAUAUAUGGAGAUAUAAACAGAGAGAACUCCAAUGGUAUAAUAGAGUAGGUAAAUAUCCUACUUACAAUACCCAGAGCAUGGACUUGAUCUGGUAUAAUCAGGCUUGGGUGGAAUGAACCCCACCUAUUGAUAUACCGGAUGUCCAGGGAGCCAAUAUAAAAAUGGACUGGGUAUUUAAAAUAAAAAAAAUACUUUAUUUAACAAAAUAUAUAUAAUUUAAAUAAAGUACUUUAUUUGCACUAUUAUGUUUUUUUAUUAAGACAUUGUAUAGAAUUGUCUUCCAUCAACUGUAUGUAAUUAUAUACUUUAAUUACUUUUUGUAUAACUUCAGCGUGGUCCAGCACUGUUUUUCACAUGGUUGUGGGAAUUCCUUGUAGGUGGAUUGCUGCUCAUUUACAGAUAGAGAGCACCACACACAUAUCUUUAUUCCAAUGAAAAACUAUCAAAAUAUCACAAAAGUAAAAUAGUUUUUGUAAUAUUAAAUCAUUUUAAAAAUGCAUGCAAAAGUAUUAUCAGGCUUGUCUACCUUUUCUGCAGACCAUGCACCUUAAUGCCCAUGGCCACAAGAACUUUGAUAUGAAACAAAUGAACAAAAGGAGGAAUCUGCACUCCUAUAAUGAUACUGGUGCUUCCAGACUUGGGGCUGGCACCCCUUAUUCAAAUGAUAAUACAGUAAUAUGGUCCAGGCACUCAAAUUUGAAAAAGAUCCCAGUAGAGAUCGAAACCUUGCACUUUGAUUCUGUUUUCCAAUAAUUUUGAAAUGGACUUUGGAGGCCACAGAACAAAAGUUGGCUUGCUUUGUAUGUCAUAGGUGGAAAAUGUUAUGCUUACCUCUAUUUAAGGAUAAUGGCAACAGCAGUCCUUUAUCACCAAGAUAACUUGUCAUUUUUUGUAAACCUGAAAUUACUUUCUCUGUAAUAGUAAAUAUUGGAUACAUUAACCCCUUAAGGACACAUGACAUGUGUGACAUGUCAUGAUUCCCUUUUAUUCCAGAAGUUUGGUCCUUAAAGGACCACUCUAGGCACCCAGACCACUUCAGCUUAAUGAAGUGGUCUGGGUGCCAGGUCCAGCUAGGGUUAACCCAUUGUUUUAUAAACAUAGCAGUUUCAGAGAAACUGCUAUGUUUAUCAAUGGGUUAAGCCUUCCCCCAAAGCCUCUAGAGGCUGUCUCAUUGACAGCCGCUAGAGGCACUUGCGUGCUUCUCACUGUGAUUUUCACAGUGAAAGCACGCCAGCGUCCAUAGGAAAGCAUUGAUAAUGCUUUCCUAUGCGACCGCCUGAAUGCGCGCGCAGCUCUUGCCGCGCGUGCGCAUUCAGCCGCCGCCGCCGACGACGACGAGGAGGAGAGCUCCCCGCCCAGCGCUGGAAAAAGGUAAGUUUUUCCCCCUUUCCCCCUUCCAGAGCCAGGCGGGAGGGGGUCCCUGAGGGUGAGGCACCCUCAGGGCACUAUAGUGCCAGGAAAACGAGUAUGUUUUCCUGGCACUAUAGUGGUCCUUUAAGGGGUUAAAGCUGUUUUAAAAUGUGUUUUUUAUAAUAAAAACCAGAAAAAUACCUAUAUUUUUUUCACCUUGCAGAUUGACUUCAGAAACAAGCUAUAUCUUGCACCAUUAACAACGGUAUGUAAUGAAUAUCCUUCUCAGUACCAAUCAUACAAGUUUCUGCUGUCCUUCAAUCAGUUACUUAAUGAUCAUUGCCAACGACCCUAACUUUAUAUAUUGCUGUCAUUAUACCUUGCUGUUUUAAUGAUUGCUGUCAGGUGUAUUAUUUUGGCACUGUCUUUCCAGUUAGUAUAUAUGCUAGAACAUAAGGUAGAGUUGAGAUUAGUACGGACCUAAUUAUUAACGUAUUUGCUCAGGGGGCUCUACACCCUGUGCAAACUAAUUCCUUCUAAACCUUUCUCUGCUGCUGGGCUCCUAACCCCAUAUUCUGGCAUGCUAGUUUUCACAAGGAGAGGGAAGCUGGUGGGGGCUGAUUAACAAAACAUUUUCCUAAAUAGUCUAUAAUGGUUAGGAAAAAAAUACAUUGUACAUAUCCUGAUUUUAUGUCUGCUUUAUGUUUAAAAAUGUAAAUAUAUUUUUUAGUGUUUUGUGUCUUUAUGAAGGCAAUACCUAUUUAUAUUCGUAUUCAUGUGCUUUUUGUAUUCUACUAAUGUAAGCUGGAUACUAUCUAUAUUUUAUUUCUAUUCCGGUUAGUGUGGCAAUCUGCCUUUCAGGAGAAUAUGCAAGCGUUAUGGAGCAGACAUUACCUGUGGAGAGAUGGCAGUGUGCACCAAUAUCUUGCAAGGUCAGCCUUCUGAAUGGGCAUUACUAAGGCGGCAUCACUCAGAGGAUCUUUUUGGAGUACAGGUUUGUCUCAGCUAACUUUUGAAGUGGUUAUAAACAAUCACACAUGGGAUGUUGAGUCUCCCUAUGAGCUGAGGAUGUUUUUCAUCUUUAUAUGUAGAUAAAUGCAGAAUUAUGUUUCAAAAUAUCCAUUUAUACAUACAUGGGUACCCUGAGUGUUAAGAAUCCAGAUUCUGUGUGCAUAACUUGUAAAGUUAUAUACAUUUGUUUUUCUCAUACUUUGAAAUGGCUGAGGAUUCUACAAUUUGUACACAGUUGGAAAUAGCCUUUUUAUUUACAGUAAUGAACAUAUCUUACUUAUAUAGUCAUUUGUGUAUUGUAUCAAGCAAUCCAAUGUUUCUUGUCAUAGAGCUAUGUUACUUUAGAUUGCUGGACAUUAAUAUGGGACUACACUGAUUACAUUUCAACUCCAACACAUAAUGCCAUAGUCUGCUUUUUAAUCCUCUCAAAAUGUGUUUAGAGCUGUAUUUGAGCUUUUACAGAUUGAUUGAUUAAUAUACAUUUUUUGUUUCUUCAGCUGGAGGGUGCCUUUCCCGACACAAUGACUAGGUGCGCAGAACUUAUUAACAGAACCAUUGAAGUUGACUUUGUGGAUAUCAAUGUUGGUUGUCCAAUAGAUCUGGUGUACAGUAAGGUAAGAAUUGCUUCUGCACCAGUCCAUACAUGUAUUUAUUUAUUUUUUGUAAACUUUUAGAAGCAGUGGAGUGUAACUCUGUUAACAAAUUCUUAGUUAAGCACAGUAGAGGGUGAACUUUGCUAAUAAUACAAGUCUGAAAAAUACCUUUUUUUUUUUUUUUUAUGGUUUGAAAGUCAUAUUACAAGUCUAUACUGUGAACAAAAAAUAUGCACGUGAUAAUUUGUCAAAGUCUUUUAAGUUAACAUGGAAUUCAUAUCAUUUGUAGGGCUCAUAAUUGCAAGUCUACUUGACAUGUCUAUCAGGAUUAUUCACUAAAAUGAGAAUUCAAGGUGAAUUCAAAGUUCAAAAUAGCCAAACUGCAAAAAAUUAAAUUAAAGUCAGCUAUGCUUUCAAUACUUCUCUGACCUUAAAUUUUAAAUUCACUGUGUAUUCUCUUUGAAUUCUCACAUUAUUAAAAACCCUGCCAAAGUUACCCACCACUGCAAGUCUAGAGAGCCCAUGGUACAUUCACAAGGGGUGAAUUUCUAUGUGCUAUUGCAUAGUGGGCGAGUGGAAAUUUUGAGUCUACCAUUUUUAUAUCAUUUAUAUUUUUCUGAAAAUUGCUUGUAUCUUUGUUAGCAUAGUCUGGUGCACUGUUUAAAGUGGCACUGUCAUUGUCUAUGGACUUUGCAUAAUUUGCAAAGACCCCCGUUGGUGACAUUACUGCUGGUGGUCAGGGGGAGGUGGGAUUUGGGAGGUAAGAUUUAUUUGAACUUGUCCCUCAUGACCGCCGCCACGAGCUGACAUUACUGCUGUACUCUUGCGCAUGCGCAGCUUUGCGGUCUAUCGAGACCGCAUGUUCCUCCAUAGAUACAGCUAAUAUCUAUGCAGAUUUUUUCUAUGAAAUUCCAACAGUCAAUAUGAUAUUUCAUGAAGAUCUUACGUUUAUUAAAUAUUGAUUUUGGAGAGGGGGGUUGAUGGUGCUGCUUUAAAGUAGGACAAGAGUGCAUAAAGCUGCAAUGCUCAUAAGAUGCUGUCUUGCACUACCUGCAGCAUCCCUACAGCAAGCUAUUCAGCAGGCUUGCACAAUCUUGUAAAACAAAAGACUUUGUUCUAUUGCAGUUGCAUUAUUCAUGAUUGUAACAGGCAUUUCACUUCCAAGAUGUUCCCUAUUCACAUGCUUAUUAUUGCACUUAUUUGAUUCAUCUUUUCAAGCUUUGUAAUGUAUACACAUUUUUUCUAAUCUUUGUUGUCUAGGGAGGUGGCUGUGGAUUGAUGAAUAGAACUAACAAAUUUGAACAAAUUGUAAAAGGAAUGAAGUCUGUAAGUAUAUCAAAUAGGAGAGUUUGUAUUUCACAUGAUCAAAACAUUGACUUGAUUAUCUAUAGCCAGGUCUGAGAAUGAGGUUUGCGAUAAUCACACACACAUUUUGAAAAGCCAAUUGUUUUUAGUGAUAGGUAAAUAAAUGCAGACUAGUGUAAAUAUUCUCUCAAACUAUACUUUUGGAAAUAAUAAUGUGUGUGGGGAAAUUGUAACUAAAUAUACCUAAACUAAAAAUUUGUAAUUAUUAAAGUAGAAGCAGUGCAACAUUUUGAAUGAAAUGUACAUAUUCUUUCACUGAGAAAAUGUGUCUCUCUGUAUUUGUAGGUGCUUGAUGUUCCCCUAACGGUGAAAAUCAGGACUGGAGUUCAUGAAAACCACAAUAUUGCUCAUAAAUUAAUCCCAAACUUAAAAGAAUGGGGUGUCUCAAUGAUUACAGUAAGUCUGAAUAUUAAUAUAUCAUAUUUUUGCCUUGUAAACUGUUGCAGCGAAGUUCUAUUUUUUACGGUUAUUUGGAUUUAUCAAGUAUUUUCUAAUAUAGAACUCUUGCGUCUGAGAUGCUGUAUUGAGUUAAACUGAUUUCUUCAUAGACAUCUCUACGCAAAGUUAAAUGUAUUAUUGUACACAUAGUGCCCACUAUUUUUUUUUCUUUCAUUUAGCAGGUAUUGUUUUUAUUUGUACUGUUAAAUUUGCCCAAUGUUAGUCUUUGUGGAAAUUAUGCAGUAAUCCAUCGGAAUGGUCUUUUAUAUUAGGUAGAUUACAGGCAAUGUUGUUUUAGUCUUCUGAUAACAAAUCUCUGAUUGCAACAUGCCUCCUCCAAAAUAAUGCACAAAGUGACUCCUGUUUUGUGAAAUAUAUUAAUUAGUAUUUCUGAUUGGUGGUUUAACUUUGUAAUUAACAUUUAGGUUUCGCCUAGAGGCUAAUAAAAUAUACCAGGGCUUGACAAAUGUGUUUGGAAUAUAGGAGCCAGCUAAAAAAGUUAGAAGCCAGUAAUUUUCAACGAGAGAGUGCAAUUCUUAAAGGGACACUAUAGUCACCAGAACCACUACAGCUUGAUAGUCAUAGAGAUUGAUUAAUGUAAUGCAUCUCUAUGAGGUGAUGCAGAUUGGUACAUUUGCUGCGCAUGCACAAAUCCUCCCAAUGUUUUCCUAAGGGAAAGCAUUGCCUUAGCUGAGAUCAUAAAGAUUGAUCAUCUCAGCCAUGGCGAAACUGGCACGAUGUGGGAAAAUGGGAAGAAAGGUGAGUAAAAACACCUUCCUCAUGCGAUCCGAGGGGCCAGGUACCUAAACAGGCUCUCACACACUCUUACGCUGACAACAGGCUUGCAUGUACAGACAGACAGACUCGCACACAGAAACUCUGACAGGCGCUCACACACACAGAGAGACCGACACUGACAGUCUCUCACACACACUCUGACAGACUCGCGCUCUCUCUCUCUCACACACACACACACACACACACAGGCGCUCACACACUUUCUUGACAGGCUCUUGCUCUCACAUACAGACACUGACAGGCUCACACACACACACGCUUACACACACACAUUUUUGUUUGAAUUGAAACCCACUCAGCCUCCCUACCUUUGGGAGAGCUGAGAGCGUCUUUCCUGGGGUCCAUUGGGGCUGCACUCUUCCUGUGUGCGAAGGAGCAGUACUCUGCCUGUAGCUUCUCUCUGCUCCUUCGCGCUCUGUAAUGAUGCCAGGGCUGGAAUGACGUCAUAUUCCGGCUCCCGACAUCAUUAGACAGCACGAGUGAGCAGAGAGGAGCUACAGGCAGAGUACUGCUCCCUCGCACACCGCCGCCUCCUCCAUGCUCUUCAGGGUGGCUGACCACCUCCAUGUACCCGGGAGCGGGCGGGCAGCCACCUCCAAUAUUCUCCAUGACGGCCGCCGUCAAAGCGAUCUGGCGCCUGGGAUUUGUCAAGCCCUGAAAUAUACAUUUAAUGAUCUCCAUGACAUUUGCAUUUAACAAUAUUAAUGUUUUUCAAUAUUAUUAAAUGAUUGCUUUUAUUUCUUUAAUAUUUUAUUCUAGCUUCAUGGAAGGUCUAGAGAGCAGCGUUACACAAAGCUUGCAGAUUGGGAUUACAUCGAUCAGUGUGCAAAAAUAGCAAAUCCAAUUCCACUCUUUGGUAUGUAUACUCUUAUAUAAUGCUAGUGUUUUGUGUGUUUUACAAACAUGAAAAUGGUGGCUGCUGAUAUAGCGGGACACUGUAAACUCAAAAUGACUGAUAUAUUCUAUUCAUUUAAAUAUCUCUUGCAAGGGAACAGUCUCAGUGUGUUUCACUUCUUUGAUCUCAAAGGGUUACUUUACUUAAAAGAGAGUUUCUUAAUAAAAUUUUGUUUUUGGUUAGAGUAACCCUGGCUUGCCCCCCACAACUUCCCAAGGAAAAAACAAAACAAAGUAUAAACUUACCCUUGAUCCUGCAGCCCAGUCAUCCUCUGGUGGAGUGAUGCAGACAGCACGGGUGGGGGGCAUGUAUGCUGAUGACAGACUCGAAAUAAGCACACAUAUAACAUUAGCCAGUCUGGGACUCUCGGUACAGGAUGACUAAUGACGCUGCCGCAGGUGGAGUUACAAACUGAAACAUGGCACAUGCAGACUCCAAGCACCAUAUUUAAUGGAAACCAAAUGGGAGUACUGAAGUGGUCAUGGAGCUUGGAGUAACCAAUGAAUUAAUGUCUUGGUAUAGGCCAGGCAUAGGCAACCUUCAUCACUCCAGAUGUUUUGGACUACACCUCCCUUGAUGCUUUGCCAGCAUAACAGGUGUAACAGCAUUAUGGGGAUGUAGUCCACAACAUCUGGAGUGUCGAAGGUUGCCUAUUCCUGGUAUAGGCUUUAAACACUAGAGCUAGAGAUUGACUUUAAGCAAAACCAAACAAAAACAAAAAAAUUACUUUUUAUGUGCCCAGUAGGUUUCAGUGGUGUAGCGUGUCCACUUUAUUUUUCUUUGUGCAUCUUUACAAAAUGUGUUUUUUAUUUUUUUUAUUUUUUUUAUUUAUUAUGAACAAAAUCAUGCAGUUCAUGUUAAAAUUCCAUAUGGAAGAUAAGAAAUCCAUUUUAAAUUGUCACGUUGACAGAAUUGCAUAACGUACUACCGACUAAAACACCACUUGUAUUACUUGUUACCAAGAAAAAGAUUGCAGAAAACCUUUGCUUAGACUAGAGAAAACAAGUCAUUUAACACAGCAACUGGUUAAUUUAUGAAUGUAGUAAUAUUUAUUUUUUAUCAACUUACCAGCAACAGGGCCGUCUUUAAGGAGGGGCAAACGGGGCACCUGCCCUGGGCCCAGUUGCUCAUGGGGGGCCCAAAGCAGCUGCCCCGUGGGCCCCGUCGCCUGCAAUAAAAAUUUAUUUUUUAAAAAUAUUUCCCUACCUAAUGGGCCCGCGGUGCUAGUAUUGCGGCUGCACCGGGGCCCGCGCACUAGGGGGCCCCCCGGGUGGCCCAUACCUUUAGGGCCACCCAGUGAGCAUGUUCCAGCAGGGGUCCGGUCGGCGCUGUGGCCCUUUAACAGCACGACCGGGUCCUUGCUUAACGGCUGCAUGGGAGGAAGUGAUGUCUGCGAAUCACUUCCUCCCACCUCAAAGAUAUCGGGCCGCGCGGGAGGCUGCUGAGCCAGCAUCCAGUGAGGAGGGGGAGCAAGAAAAGCCAGACCCCCAACUCCCAACUACCCCAUCCAGCACACUGGACCCCAGGGAAGGAAGCCUCUUUCAAAGGUAGGAAACUGAAGAGUGUCUGUCUUUGUGUGUGUCAGUAUGUAUGUAUGUCUAUGUGUGUGUCAGUAUGUAUGUAUGUCUGUGUGAGUGUCAGUAUGUAUGUGUCAGUCAGUAUAUGUCUGUGUGUCAGUUUGUAUGUCUGUGUGUAUGUCAGUAUGUCUGUGUGUGUCAGUUUGUGUGUCUGUAUGUAUGUCGGUGUGCCAGUCAGUAUGUCUGUGUAUGUGUCAGUAUGUAUGUCUGUCACAGUGUCAGUAUGUCUGUCACAGUGUCUGUGUGUGUGUGUGUGUGUGUGUGUCAGUGUGUAUCUGUAUGUUGUCAGUAUGUAUGUAUCUGUGUGUGUGUGCCAGUGUGUAUACCUGUGCAUGUAUCUGUAUGUAGCCAAUGUGUGUAUCUGCAUGUGUGUCAGUGUUUGUAUCUGCAUUUGUCAGGUUAUGUAUCUGUGUGUCUGUAUGUUGUCAUUGUGUGUGUCUGUGUAUCUGUAUGUUAGUGUAUCUGCGUGUGUGCAUCUGUGUGUCUGCAUGUGUGCCAGGUUGUGUGUCUGUAUGUGUGUGUGUCAGUGUCUGUAAAUGUGUCUGUAUAGCUGCAUCUGUAUGAUUGUGUAUAUCUGUGUAUCUGCAAGUGUUUCUGUGUGUGUAUGUGUAUCACUGUGUGUGUGUGUGUUUGUGACAGUGCAGGUGUAUUUGUGCAUACAUCUCAGCAUUCAACACUACACGCAAAUACACACCUGCAUUCAAACUUCAACACUACAUAUAAACACACCUCUUUUUUUAAACAACAAAAUUAUAUAUAAACACACCAGUGUAUUCAUAAACCAACACUACACAUAAAUGCAUACUUGCAUUUAAAUGCCAUCUGCCACAUACAAACACACCCCUACAUUCACACAAACAUACUCCAUACAAAAACAUGCUUACACUCAAACACACAAAUACUGCUCAGUGCUAAAUAUAACCCUGCAUGCAUAGGAAAAUGGUAGCGCCCCAGCUGUCAAAGCAUUGUUGGCGUUGCAUGACAGAUGGGGAUCUACCUUUUGCCCCCUCUUGCCCAAAAUAAUUCAUGCACCAGAGCCCUCUCUACUUUACGUCCGCCACUGCGUUGGGGUGGGCGGCAUGAUUGCAUGCCAGGGAGGGGACGACCGGGUUCAGGGGGCCCAAGCAAAUGUUUGCCCAGGGUCCAGUCCAUAUUAAAGACGGCCCUGACCAGCAACUGUGCUUAGUGCAGGGCAUUUUGUCAGAGAUUACAGUGUAGCUAGUGUGACGCUACGUCUGCAUGUGGCAUCUCCUUUUUAUCAACAGAAUGCAUUAAUUGCAGUGACUAUAUAGCAUCCAUGGCAACCUACAUUUUUCACCAAAAAAGAAAAAAAAAAUUUGCUUGCUUUUUCUUUGUUUGUAAGAAGUUAAUACUAUCCUUUGCCCUGAGAUUACUAAAAGGCCUAAAAUAAAACCAUUUGACAUUCAAGUAUUACAGUAAUCCCAGGUUAAAAAAAAAAAAAGUCUGGACAAAAAAAAGUUAAUUUUAAUUUUUAGCUUGCAGUGUAUUGUCUUUUACAGUCCACGAGAGGGCACACCAUCAAAUGAUCAAAACAACAAAUUAUAAAUGUAAAUGAAAAAAGGAAAAUAAACAUUGCUUAAAAUUCAAUCACCUUUAUAAACAUUUUGGGUAUAUUGCAUCCUGAUCUCUUUAAACUAGUUUGAAACAUAAAAAUGGCUGCUGGACUCCUAUUUGGUAGACCUUGGUAUCUUGCAAUAAUAAUAUUAACAAUGUUUAUGUGUAUUUGGUAGUAUUGCAGUAAUGUUUGCAUGGCUUGCCCUUUGAGCAGAUAAAUUCUUGAACACACCCUCUGCCUGUUUAAUUUAGUUUAAUGUUAGAGCUGUAAAUGGAUAUUGAAAAGCAAAUCACAAAGCUGUCCCAUGCUGCUUAAAGUGCGGAUAGGAAGGGUUCAAUUCUUUUUGCAUUUGAUAUUUUAGAAACUCUUAAUUUUAAUUCUGAUUGAUUUAUUUUGAGUGCUGCGUUCAACAUAUUCCUUCAGUCUGCUCUUUAACAACUACUCGUGUAGCUGGUAAUUGACUAGUAUAAAGUGGUGGUAAUCCAUCAACUGAAGUGCCAUCAGAUGCCCACUUUGUAAACCAUAUGUAUAACAAGUGCUAUCCUUAACAGGAAAUGGUGACAUACUUUCUUAUGAAGAUUCAAACAGAGCUUUGCAGACUGGUGUUUCAGGAAUCAUGCUGGCCAGGUAAAAAAAGAAAAAAUGGGAUCGCAGUGGAGAGAUCUUCCUGAGUUUUGUGUUUUAACUAAACUAGGCAUCCAUAUGAUAUUAGGCACCAUAUUCACAAAUCACUGGUAUAGCACAUGUGCAUUCUGUGGUCAUAAAUGUUGUGUGUGUGUGUGUGUGUGUGUAUGUAUAUGUGUGUGUGUGUGUGUAUAUAUAUCUAUCUAUAUCUAGAUAUAGAUAGAUAUAGCAAGGUGAAGGGUCAGUGUAGAACCCCCUAGGGUGGUCUGCCUUGACUUUGGGAGGCGGGCAUUCCCUCCAGUGGCCAUUGGAGUAACUAAAUGACCUCCAUUUGUUUAAAUAUACAUAGGGAUUUAGGAGAGCGCAGGUAACUUUUUCUUUGGUUUUUACUGUAUCUAUGGGGGCUGAUGUGUACUGUAGUCGUUACUGCCGCCCAGGAGUGAUAGGAGUGAGCGCAGGACUUAUCUUUUUGUAUGUAUAUUUAUGUGAUAUACCUCAUAAUAUUAGUACAGUCUUCAUGGUUUAGUUGGGUUUGUCAAACAGUCUCAUCAGGUGGGAAUAUAACACGUUUAGAUAUCGAUCUUGUCAAUUCAGUUAUCUCUAGAUUUUAGCUACUUUAUCUUGUUACAGCUGGGAACUAUCUGGAUUUAUUUCGAAGACAUGGCAUUUUAAUGCUGGAAUUGCCUACUCUCCACCUUGUUAUUUUCCUGGUUCCAAAUCCCACCUGUUUUGUAGUCGUCAAAUGUACAAGCUCCUUUGCUUCAACAUUACAUUAGUAAGAAAGCCAACAUGCAAGGUGCUCAGCUCUGCCUCCUGACAUGUCACAGUUAUGACAAUAUCAAAGAGACUAAAUAUUUGGCAGUCACAAUGAGCUGAACAUGGCAAGUUAAACACACCAAUGGCCAUGUGUCUUCUGUAUUUCUAGUUUUGGUGUAGGACAAAAGACCAAGUAAAUUAUAGUCAGCCGUUCAAAUGUACAAGCAAUUUCUCAGUAAUAUGUACUCAAUCGUAUAUACAUACAUGAUUAGUGCACAUAGUCAAGCAGGGAUGCAGUCUGUAUUCCCAUAAAGUACAGACUUACAUGAAACAAAAAACAAGAGCUGUGCAUAUUUGUAGCUUUAUAUAUCCAACAUUUUGUUAUAUAUUGCAAUAUUAAUUUAUUUGCACUUUAGAACAGUAUCAAUAAACACUUGCUAAUAAGCUACGUCACUACACUAUUUCUGCAGCUGAUUACCAAAUACAUUUAGAAUUAAAUGUUCUUGCAUACUGAUUAAUACGCAUUUAUUUAUGUAUUUAAUGUGUGCACUUAAUUUAGUACUAUGUAUAUUUAUUCACUUCGCCUGCUUUUUAAUUAAUUUAAUUAUUUAACUACUUUAUAUAAUUUCAGAGGAGCACUUGUAAAGCCUUGGAUUUUCACUGAGAUUAAAGAGCAGCGACACUGGGACAUUUCCUCUACAGAAAGAUUUGACAUUCUCCGAAAUUUUACAAAUUAUGGUCUGGAGAACUGGGGUUCAGAUUCCCAAGGUGUAGAGAAAACAAGAAGGUUUUUGCUAGAGUGGCUGUCCUUCCUCUGCAGGUAGGGUGAACUUCCUCAUUUGUAAGUUGGGCCUGUAGCGUGAUUAUACAGAGUGCUUUUGUGGUAAUUUAGCUUAACCCCUUAAGGACACAUGACCUGUGUGACAUGUCAUGAUUCCCUUUUAUUCCAUAAGUUUGGUCCUUAAGGGCUUAAAGGGUUACUGCAACGUCUGUGACCACUUCUACUUUCUGAGCAAGAAUCUUUUUUUGUGCAUUGUUUCAGCUUGAAACACUUCACAUGCAGAGAUACUUCCACUUUUAUCCCGGGGGCAUAAAAAAGAAUCCUAAUGAGCCGGUACCCUUGCAGGCAGCGCUGGACCGCACCUGCAAGGGGAAACAUACAUCUUCCCUAUUUUUAUUUUAUUUUUAUUUUAACAAUCCCUUCCCUUGAACACCCCCUCCAUCUUGCAUUAUGUGUGGGACUUGGUAAAUUUCUUUAUUUUUAUCUUCUUUUACAAGGUUUUUAGCAUAAAAAUGGGUUGGACAAGUCAAGUUAAUACUGCCCAAUGAUGCAUUAGAAAAUAAAAUUUAUUGUAAACGAGGGUUGGAGUAGCCCUUUAAACAUCUGAAAGUCCAAGGUCAUUGCUUCAUGAACACAUCCAUAAAGCACUGAUAUCAUUAAAGGUGUGUCAUAUUAAAUUUUGGAAUAGUUUCUUUGACAUAGAACAUCUUUGGUGCUUACAGGAUUAUGCAUUGGAAACAUAGUACAAUUUUUGAUUUUGUUGGCUGUCGAAAUUAAUUCUAACAUUUUAAGGUUUUCUGUAAUCGCCCAAAUGUGUAUUCUUGAUCAAUGCAUUCCCUUUCCAUUUUAGUUUUUCUCUAGCUAUUCAUUUUAGUUACCACAUUACAAAUUAAAAAUUUUACAACCAAGAAUAAAAAAUUGAAGCACUGAACACACAUUGAAGAUUUUUUUUUAUAUAUAUUUGCUAUAAAUGCUUUUAUAUUAUGUAGGUGAAUGAGUCACCAAUCUAAAUGUAGUAUUACUUUUCCUUGUUUUCUUUGCAUAUGUACAGGUAUAUCCCAGUAGGUUUACUGGAACAUGUACCCCAGAAAAUCAAUGAACGUCCUCCCUACUAUCUGGGUAGAGAUUACAUGGAGACUCUAAUGGCGAGCCAAAAUGCAUCUGACUGGAUCAAGAUCAGGUAAAUGUGGAUUUAGGAAGUGUACUGUUUUCUGAACGCAGCUGUAUUUAAAGUGAUACUGUUACAUGAGUUUUCCGCACAAAUCAAAGGCUAAAUAAGCUAUCUUUGGCUUGUGCUUUUAUACAAACAGAGAAACACAUAUGCACCUAGUGGGUUUUAUAUUUUAACUUAGAUCAUAUGUUGCAUACUGAGGCAUACCAUGUAAAUCAUUCAACCCCUAUGGUGCCAUGUGUGCAUAUAGCAUUUUGGAGGAUUGUCUGAGUCCCUAUGUGCUUCUACUGCAUUUCCAGAAAAUACUGAAGCAUGGUUGAGCAUGCCUAGAGCAUCAUGGGGUAGUGACAUACACUGGACAUGGAAGUACUGCGGACAUUCAAGAAGCACCAUAACCACUAACACUCCACUGUCUCUUGACCACUUCCGCUUUAGUGGAACUUUGUGUGUCAGUGAGGCUGACAACAUUGCAAACCGUUCAGGAGAGCCCCAUAAUUUGUUGAAUGCACAAACUGGGGGGAAAGCCAACAGAACAUUUGCCCUAUAAUCAUUACAUUAAGUUAUUUUGUCGUUAUGGCUCAUGAGAUGGCCUUUGGUAUGUGCAUUCUAUCAGUCCAGCCUUCAAAUGACGUUGGAAGUACACUACAAUUGUAAUAGUCGCAUGCUGUGCAUGUCAUUUGGGGGCAUCCUGUAUUAGUUUGGUUUCAAUCUUAGAGGAAGAGGUAAGGACAAAUCUUGUAUACAAUAGCUGGAGAAUGGAUGUAUGAAAUAUUAUCUAAAGGUCCUGCUUUGCCGAUGACUGGUGUACUUGAAUGUUAAAUAAAUUUUUUUAUUUUUUUUAUUUUUUUGAAGAUGAAAAGAAAAGCUGAAUUUAUGAUCUUUGUUCUUUCUUUCUUUUAAGCCCGCAUAUAUUCUAAUAUAUAUUUCUUUUAUUACAGUGAGAUGCUCCUGGGACCUGUUCCGCAGAUGUUCACAUUUUUACCCAAACACAAAGCCAACUCUUAUAAAUAACAAAGAAGUUAACAGACAUGUUUUAAGGUGUUUUCAGAACAAAUGGAAAUGCUGUGAUUUUUUUGUUUUUGUUUUUAUAAUAAAAAAUCCCAUUGGGAUAUUCAUGAACCUACGGUUUCCCAGAUUUAUUGAAUCAGUAUUUUAGCAGUAUGAUUAUCUGUAAAUUGAGAGAAACAAAUCUACUAUUGUCUUAUUUACUGUGUUACAUUAACAGAUGUAAACCAACUGCAGUAAGGCUGGAGGAAGUAAAUGUGUAUUCAUAACACAAGCCAUAGUUACAUAGCUCAAAAGAGACUUGAGUCCAUCAAGUUCAGCCUUUCUCACAUAUGUUUUUGCUGUUGAUCCAAAAGAAGGAAGAAAACAGUCUGAAGCGCAUCCAAUUUUGCAACAAACUAGGAAAAAAAUCAUUCUUGACCCCAAAAUGGCAGCCAGAUAUCUCCUUGUAUCAAGCAGCUAUUACCCCACUAAUUAGAAAUUAUAUCCCUGUAUGUUUUUUAAAGAAUUUAUCCAAUUGCUGUUUAACACCUUAGGGACCAGACCAUUUAAAAAAACAUUUCUAAUCGUUAAGGAACAGGGCUCAGUUUGUGUUUAGCUGUAAUUUUCCUCUUACUCAUUUACUGUACCCACACAUAUUAUAUACUGUUUUUCUCACCAUUAAAUGGUAUUUUUAAAGAUACCAUUAUUUUCAUCAUAUCUAAAAAUUUACUAUAAAAAAAACUUUUUCUAACUUUGACCCCCCCCCAAUAUCUGUUGCGUAUCUACAACCGCUAAAAAACACCCAGUGCUAAAUAGUUUCUACAUUUUGUCCUGAGUUUAGAAAUACCCAAUGUUAACAUGUUCUUAGCUAUUUUUGCAAGUUAUAGGGCAAUAAGUACAAGUAGCAUUUUUUUUUCUCCAAAAUUAACAGAAGUUACAUUGUAACACUGAUAUUUGUCAGGAAUCCCUGAAUAAUCCUUCAAAUGUAUAUAUUUUUUAAAAGAAGAUAAUCAAAGGCAGUGAUGGUGAAACUUUUUUUGCCCAAGUGCCAACACGGCAAUUAAACCUGAAUAUUGAGGUUUAAAGGGACACUAUAGUCACCCAGACAGCUUCAGCUCAAUGAUGGUCUGGGUCUGGGUCUGGGUGCCAGGUCCCUCAGGUUUUAACCCUUCAGAUGUAAACAUAGCAGUUUCACAGGAACUGCUAUGUGUACAUUAGGGGUUAAGCCAACCUCUAGUGGCUGUCUUCCUGACAACCACUAGAGGCACAUCUGCGACGCUGGAUGCUGAUUUCGCAUCCAUUGCGCAGAGCGUCCAUAGGAAAGCAUUGAGAAAUACUUUCCUAUGGACUGUUUGAAUGCGCGCGCACGGCACUUGCCGCGCAUUGGCAUUCCUCUCCACUCGGUAGCUGACAUCGGCAGGAGGAGAGAUCACCAGCAUGGAGUGAGCCCAGCGCUGGAUUAAGGUAAGUGGCUGAAGGUGUUUUAACCCCUUCAGCGCCAUGGGAGGGGGACACUGAGGGUGGGGGCACCCUCAGGGCACUAUAGUGUCAGGAAAACCGCUUUGUUUUCCUGACACUAUAGUGAUCCUUUAAGUUUAGAAAGAAGAACUCAUACAGUUGUCCGAACUAAUUCUUUUCUCUCCCCACAGCAUCUUCCCUUCUCUACCCACCGCAUAUCCCCCUUUUUUUUCAGUGGUGUGUCCACUUUAUUUUUCUUUGUGCAUCUUUACAAAAUGUUUUACUUUUUUUUUUAUUAUGAACAGAAUCAUGCAGUUCAUAUUAAAAUGCCAUAUGGAAGAUAAGAAAUCCAUUUUAAAUUGUCACGUUGACAGAAUUGCAUAACGUACUACCGACUAAAACACCACUUGUAUUACUUGUUACUAAGAAAAAGAUUGCAGAUCUUGCAGAAAACCUUUGCUUAGACUAGAGAAAACAAGUCAUUUAACAUGGCAACUGGUUAAUUUAUGAAUGUAGUAAUAUUUUUUUUUUUUUUUAUCAACUUUUUUUUAACAACUGUGCUUAGCGCAAUGCAUUUUGUCAGUGAUUUCAGUGAAGCUAGUGUGAUGCUACAUCUGCAUGUGGCAUCUCCUUUUUAUCAACAGAAUGCAUUAAUUGCAGUGACUAUUAUAGCAUCCAUGGAAACCUAAAUUUUUCACAAAAAAAUAAAAAAAAAAUUUGCUUGCGUUUUCUUUGUUUCUAAGAAGUUAAUCCUAUACUUUGCCCUGCAAUUACUAAAAGGCCUAAAAUAAAACCAUUUGACAUUCAAGUAUUACAGUAAUCCCAGGUUAAAAAAAAAAAAAAAUGUCUGGACAAAAAAAAAAAGUAAUUUUGUAUUGUCUUUUACAGUCCACUAGAGGGCACGCCAUCAAAUGAUCAAAACAACAAAUUGGAAAUGGAAAUGGAAAAAGAAAAAUUGCUAAACAUUCUACUGUGUGUUUGUAUAAGGGCUAAAUGCUAGGUCCUAAUUGUUCUUCAUGGGUCUAAUAGAUUAAUGUGCAAAAGCCGACUGCUAAGAGAAAGUUGUAUACUGAUUGGUGGGCACUGGAAAAAAUAUUAUAUAAAAUGAUACCAUCAAACACUGUCUGAACUCAUAGGAGAUUAAAUCAUUAAAUCAUUUUUUCUUUGUGUGCCUCCCCCUAGAAUAAUGUAGUUAUAAUUUCUGUUUACUAUAUGAUAUAAUAUUUAAUUGCAUUUUACUUAGUUUGCAAUAUUGUCUGAACUUCUAACUAUUAAGCAAUCACCUUUACAAAUAUUUUGGGUAUAUUGCAUCCCGAUCCCUUUCAACUAGUUUGAAACAUAAAGAUGGUGUAAAGAAAAUAGACUUUUUUAAUUUUGGAUUUUGUAAGGCCACUCGUUAUUUUUAUGUUUUAUUUGUUCGGUAGAUUAAACUACCGAACACCGACCACCCUCCUGACUCAUUAUCUACGAAGGGAACUGUUGAUUGAGCGCUCUCCCUGGGUUUCCGCCGUUUGUAUAGCUGAACGCCACGUGGAAGAGAAAAGUGGCCAUCUUGUUUGCACGAAAGGAGGCAGCGGGACUUGGUCGUUGAGUGUCUGGAACUAAAAUCGGACCCUCUACUUCCCGUCGGCUAAAAACAUACGAACGCCUGCUUCCUUUUCAUGAACAGCUAGGAGAGCGCCAUUCGGUAGUUUAGUUCCCAAGAACAAGGGGAACAAUCGCUCUUAUGAGCCAGGGGGCUCUGUUCAUGCUUCCAUUUGUUUAUUUGACUUUCACGAAAUAGACCAACCGAACAUACUGAAUUCAUGGAACUGUUUUGGGCAGGAGCUUCGUGUGCGGUCGGUAAAAUGAGAUUUCCAUACAUUUCGAAAACCCCUGAACCGAUCUGGGUGAUUUUUGAAUAUGUUCCCAGAGCUAUCAGGGGAUAUGUCAUUUAUGGGGAUACCAUGUGUUUUAGGGUUUGUUCCAAGUUUUGGGGGAAAUGUUUUUUCUUGCCUGGAGAUAAUUGGGUCAUCCCUUAGCUUACCUAAUUAUCUCACAGGCAGAGAGGAGGGGAUUAUAUGUUUGCAGUGGGAGUGUUUCACUUUGUCAAGGUAAUACUAUUGGUUGUAACUUUUGUGUCCUGGUGCCCAACAAGGUCUAGGUGAGAGGUCCCCUUGCAUGGGGACUUGCAUAAUAGCCAGUGUGGCAUCAAUAAACCUUCAUUCCUUUUGUACCCUUCAUAAAGUCUAGGCUCAUGUUUGGGUAACGAUCUACUGGCUGGGGAGAACCGUCUUGGAAGAAGCAUUCAUCUGGAACUAUUCAUAACUAAACCCGAACUGCAGCUAUAAUCAGUAAGGCUCAGCAGUUCAGGAGGAAUAGGUGAACAAGGUACCACAACUACCAGCGUUCGUAACAGAUGGCUGCUGGACUCCUCUUUGGUAGACCUUGGUAUCUUGCAAUAAUAAUGUUAACAAUGUUUUAUGUGUAUUUGGUAGUAUUGCAGUAAUGUUUGCAUGGCUUGCCCUUUGAGCAGAUAAAUUCUUGAACACACCCUCUGCCUGUUUAAUUUAGUUUAAUGUUAAAGCUGGAAAUGGAUAUUGAAAAGCAAAUAACAAAGCUGUCCCAUGCUGUUUAAAGUGCGGAUGGGAAAGGUUAUAUUCUUUUUGCAUUUGAUACUUUAGAAAGUCUCAAAUUUUCUUAAUUUUAAUUUUAAUUCAGAUUGAUUUAUUUUGAGUGCUGCGUUCAACAUAUUCCUCCAGUCUGCUCUUUAACAACUACUCGUGUAGCUGGUAAUUGACUAGUAUAAAGUGAUGGUAAUCCAUCAGCUGAAGUGCCAUCAUAUGCCCACUUUGUAAACCAUAUGUAUAACAAGUGCUAUCCUUAACAGGAAAUGGUGACAUACUUUCUUAUGAAGAUUCAAACAGAGCUUUGCAGACUGGUGUUUCAGGAAUCAUGCUGGCCAGGUAAAAAAAGAAAAAAUGGGAUCGCAGUGGAGAGAUCUUCCUGAGUUUUGUGUUUUAACUAAACUAGGCAUCCAUAUGAUAUUAGGCACCAUAUUCACAAAUCAC